UUGAAGAACCCAGAAGAAGAAUAUAAAAAAGAUGGCAACUUUUUGAAAGGAAUAAAUCAAGAAGAACUUUCCAACUUUAUUAUUUUAUGUUUUCGUCAGGAGGGAAGAAACUGUCAAACCGGUUGCAAGUUGCCAACAUUCCUUCCUUCUCUGUCAAAUCUUCGUGGCAGAAUUAUUUAUUCAACAAUCGCUGAGAAGCCCCUUCCUUCGACUUCGUUGAAACGGUGAAGAAAAGAAAUGGUCGGCCAUCUGCUCCACGACUUGACGGCAUCUGCCAUUUUCAUUCCCCAACUAAUCCGGCGGUCAAACCACGGUACGCGCAUUCCUUUUCAUAUAAUUGCAGACCCAUUUUGCUGUAAUCCCCAAUUCUUCAUACCCAAAUCUCUUUCUUCAUUCGGAUCCAGAAUGAUGGACAAAAUGGCGUUGUACGAGAAGGUGUUCAAGCAGGUCGACGGAGAUGGCGAUGGGAAGCUGUCUCCAUUGGAGCUGCAGCGGUGUAUGGCUGGCGUCGGGGGUAGUUUGACGCUGGAGGAAGCGGAGAUGGUGGUGGAGAAUUUGGAUACGGACGGCGAUGGGUUGAUGGGGUGGGGUGAAUUUGUUGCGUUUGUGGAAGGAGUGGGAGAGGAAGAGAAAGUGAGUGAUUUGAAGGAGGCGUUUAGGAUGUAUGAAAUGGAUGGUUGUGGGUUCAUAACGACCAAGAGUUUGAAGAGGAUGUUGAGUAGGCUUGGGGAAUCAAGGAGCAUUGAGGAAUGCAACAAAAUGAUUGCUAAAUUUGAUCUCAAUUCUGAUGGUGUUCUUAACUUUGAUGAGUUCAUGUUCAUGAUGUCUUGAUUUUGUUUUUUUUGUUUUUUUUUGUUUUUUUUUUUCUCUCCUGAACUUUGAUGAGUUCAGCAGCUGUAAUAAUACGAUUACUCCUUUUCUUGUUCUGCUUCAAUGCUUUGCAUUCUCCU